CUUCGGCUAGUUGAAGCUGAAGCCCUACCGGGUGGAUUACGACAGGAUUUCGGAAUUCGAAAGUAUCUUGAUUCUUCCCAACAUACGAUACAUCUAUCUUGGAAUAUCUCACUUCCUAUCGGGGAACGCAAAGAUGAUGUGUGAUGAGCAACCGAAGACCCUGUACGUGGGGAACCUAUCUCGAGACGUGACGGAGGCCCUCAUCAUGCAGGUGUUCGCUCAGAUUGGCCCCUGCAAGAGCUGUAAAAUGAUCGCCGAUUCUGCAGGUAAUGAUCCUUACUGCUUUGUGGAAUUCUACGAACACAAUCACGCUGCUGCCGCCCUGUCCGCUAUGAAUGGGCGUAAGAUAUUGGGCAAGGAAAUGAAAGUCAACUGGGCCUCUAUGCCGAGCAGCCAGAAGAAAGACACGAGCAAUCAUUUCCACGUCUUUGUUGGUGACCUGAGCCCUGAAAUUACCACAGAUGACGUCAGAGCUGCCUUUGCUCCAUUUGGAAAAAUAUCGGACGCCCGUGUGGUGAAAGACUUGGCCACGGGCAAGUCCAAAGGCUAUGGCUUUGUUUCAUUCUUCAACAAAUGGGAUGCUGAGAACGCCAUUCAGCAGAUGGGGGGCCAGUGGCUUGGGGGCCGACAGAUUCGGACAAACUGGGCUACGAGGAAGCCCCCAGCUCCCAAAGCCACCUCUGAGUCCAAUCCAAAGCACCUGUCCUUUGAUGACGUGCUGAACCAGUCCAGUCCUAGCAACUGCACUGUGUAUUGUGGAGGAGUGGUCACCGGUCUCUCAGAGCAUGUGAUGAGACAGACAUUCUCGCCAUUCGGCCACAUCAUGGAGGUUAGGGUAUUCCCUGAGAAAGGCUACUCCUUUAUAAGGUUCAGCACCCACGAAGAGGCAGCUCACGCCAUCGUCUCUGUGAACGGCUCAUCCGUAGAGGGACACACAGUCAAGUGCUACUGGGGCAAAGAGACGCCAGACACAAUGAGCCCCAUGCAGCAGAUGCCUCAGCAAAACAAGGUGGGCUACAGCCCAGCCCAGCCCUAUGGCCAGUGGGGCCAGUGGUACAGCAACACCCAGCAGAUCGGCCAGUACGUGCCCAACGGAUGGCAGAUGCCCUCCUACGGCGUGUAUGGCCAGGCAGCCUGGAACCAGCAGGGUUAUAAGUAAGACGGAGAAGGAGAGAGGGAAGGAGGGGGGAUAAGGCACCUCCUUCGCCAGGGUUCCCGCCAAAACCACCCGCCGGACCACAACCCCAAGCCCUGCCGUGAAAUACACAACAGGCAGAGGCCUGAAUUGUCCACCAAACACAAUAUACUUAACAUUUACCUUAUUUUUCUCACGAAAGGAGAUUGACCCCUACAUUUCUGUCUUUUUCCCCCCCCUUUACUUUAAAAUGCUGUGUAAAUGGGACACUGCAGCUUUGCUGCUUUUUUUGAAACGGACUCGUUACUUAUUGUUUUUUUUUUUGUUUUGUUUUUUUUCUUCCUUUCUCUUUUCAAUUUUUUUUCCCGUUUUGUCAUUGUGUAUUUUUUUUUCUCUCUUUUGGCUCAGUGAUGGUAACAUCUUGAUGAUGAGCUGCUGAUUAGAUAAUAAACUCCCAGGACUGAUCCAGAUGUGAGGGGGACUCACGGAUUGAUUUUUAAAUGUCGUCCCAGUGUCCUCUGACAUGGCGGAUUGGUGUGGGCACCAGACGCUUCUCUGUUUGCAGAGUCAUGUCACGUUUUUUUAGUCAUUUUGCAUUCUUCCUGUACUUACUCAUAACUCUGAGAGAGGAAGUGAAUGGUCAGAAUAUGGUCACAUAAUUUAUUUGUUUGACUUGACCCCUUACUGAAAGAUAACAAGUACCCUCGUUAUGUUGAACUAGUGUAUUUACUUCAGAUAUCAGGGGGGUGAGUUGACUUGGCAUCUUUCAGGUCCCAAUUGAGGAUUGGCUUUUCCCAUGGUCUGCUUUGUUUCGUUAUGUUUUGUUCAUGGGUUAAGUUUUUAAAAGAAACAAACAAGAAAUUUGCCUUUUUUUUGUUUUCAUAAAGAAACAUUUGUUGUGUAUGAUGACUUGUGUAUGACAUUAUGAAAGAUGCUAAAAAAAUCAGGUUGUACUGCAUUGGAGACAUUAGUAAAUUCAUGUAUGUGAAAGAUUGAUACUGUGCUUUUUCCUUCAGUCCCUCCACAGUUCUGUUGAGACCAUCUAAUUUUAUCCACCAUCUAAUCCGUAUUGAUCCGUAGAGUUGAGAUAUGCAAUUUUAGCUAAACUGUUUUACAUUUCUCCUGGUUGUUUUGCACUGUAACAUUAGUAGACCAAAGACAUCUAUGGCCACAGUAGCUUAAUUAUUUAUAACUGUAAAAGCAUUGAAGAUGCUGGUACUAAUGUUUUAAGUGCAUCACAGUACACAUUUAGUUGUAAUAAACCUGUGUUUUACAGGA